ACAUGACAGUAACACAUGCAAACACACACACACACACACACACACACACACACAAUCUCUGAACUGUGCAUUUCUCCAUCUAACACCUCGUUGCAUUUCAUAUCACUCCCAUCUCUGUUGACCCUCCCCACCCUCAACCCUUUCCCACUUGACCCUCGCCCCCCACCAGAAGCCGAGCUGGCCCCGAAGCGGGAGGGCCCCCCGGGGGAGGCCACGGCCCUGGAGGCCCUGCUGAGGGGGGACAGUCUGCUGGAGAAGACCAACAGCCUCACCACGGAGGAGGAGACCCUGCUGGAGAUACAGAGAGUUCUGGAGGCAGACGAGAACGGGGAUGGGUUCCAAGACGAAGACGACUUUGAGGUGGACACUCCAAAGAGGAAGAACAGGAACAGAAAGGGCAGAAGUUCCAGUCGCAAGAAGGCAGAAGCAGCUGCAACCGAAGACCAGGAUAAGCCUUACGUCUGCGACAAUAGACACAAACAAAAGCAUAACUCAAAAAGGGCCGAAGAAGUCUGCGGGAAGCGGUACAAGAACCGGCCCGGCCUCAGCUACCACUACACCCACACCCACCUGGCGGAGGAGGAAGGGGAGGAGGAGAAGGAGCCCGAGUUACCAGAGCCCUCGCCCCCCCGGCCCAGCAACCACAAACCCCAGAAGGCGGUGGACGGCAGCAUCAUCCCCAACGACUACUGUGACUUCUGUCUGGGGGACCAGGAGGGCAACCGCAAGACGGGCCAGGCUGAGGAGCUGGUGUCCUGCUCCGACUGCGGCCGCUCCGGUCACCCAACGUGUCUGCAGUUCACAGAGAACAUGAUGACGGCGGUGAAGACGUACCAGUGGCAGUGCAUCGAGUGCAAGUCCUGCAGCAUAUGUGGAACCUCAGAAAAUGACGACCAACUGCUGUUCUGUGACGACUGUGACCGGGGCUACCACAUGUACUGCCUGAAGCCGCCAAUGAACCAUCCCCCAGAAGGGAGCUGGAGCUGUCACGUGUGUUUGGAUCUGUUAAAGGACAAAGCUUCAGCCUACGAAGAACCAUAACAUCCCGGUUCUCUGUCUCUCACUCACACACACACACACACACACACACACACACACACACACACACACACACACACACACACACACACACACACACACACACACACACAAACACAAACACAAACACAAACACGAGCACAUGCACACACACACACACACACACACACACACACACACACACACGACUUAGAGUGCAUUAACAGGCUCAGGGCCGUUUAAAGGGUUUCCUGUGUUAGGAGCAGAUAUUCUCUACCUCUAGUUUAUUCAAAGGAACAACACUUCUAGACCCAAAUGCAUAAAAUACAAAUACUACACCCCCGACACGCGAUCUACAGCUGGGCAACAGAGAGUCUGUGACUCCUCUACCUCGUCAUGUCCGACAAAACUGACAAAACUGUCAGAACAAGAUUGGUAUUGGUUUAUCGGUAUUAGCAUUGGCGAUAUAUUUUGGGCAAAUUACUUCCCCCGGUUUCAAGCAGCACGUCCUCAGAUUGUCACUUGUUUUUAUAUUAUUAUGAUUUAUCAUGCAGACUUUCUUCCAGAAGAACUAUUGGAUCUUCCUUUGAGGCCGAUAAUGCCGUCGGUCACAUUUGUCAAGCUAAACUGUCAUUUAUUUGUAUUGCAGAGAUUGAUUUUUAGUACGACGCAUAAAGGUGACGUCUAAUGUAACAUGAAAAGAGAAAAUAUAUAUGUUUCAUGCAUUUCCGACAUAAUGCAAAACUGUGUCCUCUUUCUGUCAUUGCUGUCAUCCAUCAACAACUCAACCCCCCUUUUUGGUUCAACUUUGCUCGUGGCUGUUUUUACAAAUUAUCCAAAUGAAAGAGUCUGUUAUAUGAAAAGAAUAUAUACAUUUUAGACCUGAGCCGUUUGUACUGCCAGACAGUCUUGGAAAAAAGUCUUUAUAUUAACAAAUGUGUAUGUAUUUGGUCAAAACAUUGGUUACACUCCUGAUUGCUUACAGAUAAUGAAUAGACUACAAAUUGCAUCAUGAAUAUAUGAAGACAAUGCACCCAGAAUAAGCUCUGUCAUCAUAGUAACAGAUAUAGUGCUUCCUACCAUACAUCCCCAAAUGUUUCUAUAAAACACAUGAUUGUUAAAUUGCUUAUAACCUUAACAGGACAUUUCAUUCUGUUACACUUUUGGUUGUGUUUUUAUUAUUUUUAUGUGAUCUUGCUUUUCCACAGACAAUCAUGACGUAGCAUAGAACCAUAAUGUUAAUAAUGUGAAAAGUUUUUAUUGUGCUUCUUUUAAUAUCGACUAUAAUGAUUUCUUUAUUUACCCAUUUUUUGUAAAUGUUUUUGAUGUCCUUCGUAUUUGAUGCCAGCAGUGAUUCAACGUCAUACAAUUGUAGUUUGUUAAUGUUAACGUUUCGUUGUUUUGUGAAAAUUAAAGAAUUUUCCACAGAUCUUA